AUGGCAUUUACGCCUUAUAAAUUAGAAUCAACACUAAAAAGUCACGAACAAGAUGUCAAAGCUGUAGUUGCUUUAUCAAAUGAUACCAUCAUCUCAGCAUCUCGUGAUAAAACCGUUCGUUCUUGGAUACGUACUGGUUCAAACGCAUUUUCACCCGAACAUAUUUAUUUAGGACAUGGUCAUUUUGUAAACGCAUUAGCAAUCAUUAAGCCUAAUCAGACUUAUCCUCAAGGUCUUAUUGUAUCGGGUGGUUCUGACAAAUACAUUCAUGUAUAUGAUCCUAAUCAACCUUCUGAGCCUCGUUUUAUUUUGAUUGGCCACACUGAGAAUGUGUGCGCUUUAGCAACUACUCCUUCAGGGCAUAUUAUAUCCGGUUCAUGGGAUAAUAAAAUAAUUGUGUGGAAGGAAUUUCAACAAGCAUAUGUUCUUGAAGGCCAUUCUGCUGCGAUAUGGGCUGUACUUGCUAUUGAUGAUGACUUAAUUUUGACAGCUUCUGCUGAUAAGACAAUCCGUUUGUGGAAAAAUGGUAAAUUAGUACAUGUUUAUCAGGGUCAUACACAGGCUGUUAGAGGGCUUGCAUUGGUGCCUGGGAUUGGAUUUGUAUCAUGUUCUAAUGAUGGAACGCUUCGAGUUUGGACAUUAGAGGGAGAAUGUAUUCAACAAUUGGAUGGUCAUACAUCUUUUGUUUAUUCAGUCAACCUUUUAAGUACAGGUGAGUUUGUCUCAUCUGGUGAGGAUCGCACAGUUCGCAUUUGGAAAGAUGGUCAAUGUGUUCAAACCCUUCAACAACCUUGUAUUUCUGUAUGGACGGUUUCAGUUUCACCAAAUGAUGAUAUUGUUGUAGGUGGUAGUGAUGCUACGAUACGAGUAUAUACCAAAGAUCCUGAGCGUAUGGCAUCUCCUGAGGCAUUGAAGGAAUUUGAUGAGCUAUUAGCCAGUCAGGCUAUCCCUUCAAAUCAAAUUGGUGAUUUAAAUAAAGAAAAAUUACCCGGGCCUGAAGCAUUAAACAAGUCUGGAAGCAAAGAAGGACAAGUUAUUAUGGUCAAUAUGGGUUCUACAGUGGAAGCUCAUCAAUGGAGUAUGCAGAGUCAGAGCUGGCAAAAAAUUGGUGAAGUUGUAGGUAGUAGUGGAUCUUCUAAGCAAACAUAUGAAGGAAAAGAAUAUGAUUAUGUAUUUGAUAUUGAUGUUGGUGAAGGACCUAAUGGAAAACUCAAGCUUCCUUAUAAUGUAACUCAAAAUCCAUAUGAUGCUGCUCAAAAGUUUUUGACAAGACAUGAUCUUCCUAUGUCUUACAUUGAUCAAGUUACUGAUUUUAUUAUUAAAAACACUGAAGGAGUUAACUUGGGCGGCGGUUAUCAGGAUCCUUUUACAGGCGCAAAUAGAUACACCCCUCAAUCAGCAAACCAAUCUACUCCAGAAGCUAAUUAUAUCGAUCCUUAUACAGGAGGGGCGUCCUAUCGUCCAGGAACUUCAACUACAUUUGGCUCAACAGCUUCAAACUAUGCUGAUCCAUUCACUGGUAGUAAAUCAUAUAGACCCUUGGAUAGCAAUACUCCAACCUCUGUCCCAUCUUUCCAGCAACCUAAAGUUUUGCCUGUUAAAACUUAUUUAGUCUUGAAGCAAGCCAAUCCUGAUGCAGUUUUGAAUAAAAUUCGUUCUUUGAAUGAGGAAAUGAACAACUGUAAGCUUUUAGAAGAAGAGUUGACUUCCUUAGGGACAGCUAUUUCUUUCUUAAAAAAUCCUAUUGCUGGUAGCGCAUCAUUUAAUGGAUCUACUGGCUUAUCAGCAGUAGUCAAAAUGGCAAAACAAUGGCCAAUAGAUAAACGUUUUCCAGCUUUAGAUUUAAUACGAUUAUUUACGCUUUAUUCACCUGAGGCUUUGGCUUCUGCUGUACCAGAAGAAAAUUUGCCUAAAUUCCUUAUAGAUGUAGGUGGAUUGUCCCCAGAUAAUACAACCCAAACAAAUGAGACAAAUGCUAUGCUUGCUUAUCGUGGAUUAGCAAACCUAUUUAAUUUUGAAGCAGGUCGUACUAUGGUUUGGAAUCAACGUAAUAUUGUUUCUGAUAUUAUGCAGAUGGAUAUUUCUGGUAAAUUCAAAGGAAAAAAUUCCCGUUUGGCUCAAAGCACAUUAGCUGUCAAGUAA